AUGGAGGAGGUCGUAGAGGAGGUCCUGCCCCGCCUUCCGCCGGUCCUGAUGGACGAGCUUGUAGAGGAGGUCCUCCUCCGCCUUCCGCCGGACGAGCCGCCCACCUGGUUCGUCCGCUCGUCGGCCGUGUGCAAACCCUGGCGCCGCAUCCUCGCCGCCCCGCGCUUUCGCCGUCGCUACGGGGAGUUCCACGGAACACCCCCCUUCCUGGGAUACUUCAGAUUUGAUGCAACCUUCGUCCCCACGUCCGCCCUCGUCCCUGCCCAGCCUGACCGUCCCGGCAUGUUUUCCCUCGACUGCCGCCACGGCCGCGUCCUCCUCGCCACAUCUGACAUGUACAAGCCUUUUGAGCUCGUCGUCUUGGAGCCUCUGACGGGCCACGAGAGCCGCGUGCCUUCCCCGAUGCACCGCGGGCGCAUGUGUAGUGCGUCCGUGCUCUGCGCUGCACACGGCCAAGGCUGCGACCACCACACUUGCCAAGGAGAGCAUUUCCUUGUGGCCUUGGUGUCCACCGAUUGGCAGCGAAGAGUAACGUCCGGCUGGUUGUACUCAUCCGAGACUCGCCUGUGGAGCGAGAUCACCUCUCUCCAUCACCCCAAUGUGAAGUCUGCCUCUUACAUGGGUGGGCGUAGCCUUCUUGUCGGCGAUGCACUCUACUUCAAUGUUGACGUCAUCAUCAAGUGCCAGCUAGGCACACUCUCCUUAUCAAGGUUCGAAAAGCCGAUCGAUGUCAAAGGGUGUCUCAUGUCGUUGGAAGACGGUGAGCUGGGAUUUGCUGCCGUGGUGGAUGUCAGAGUUCUAACCUUGUGGUCGAUGCAGACCGGACCCGAGGGAGCCCUGGGAUGGGUUAGAUUCAGGCUAAUCAAUCUUGAGAUGCUGCUCCCCUAUGGUGCCCUCUUGACCCCAACACAUGAAUAUGGGAUUAGUUUCGUGAGUGGCUUUGCGGAGGGCACCCAAGUCAUGUUUGUGAGCACAUGUGUUGGUUGCUACAUGGUUGACCUCAAGUCAGGGCGAGUCAGGAUGGUAUCUUGUUAUGGGGAAAACAAAUUAUUUCCCUACAUGAGAUUCAACUUCCCAGCAAUGGAAGCAGCUUCUACGGACCAGGAGCAAUGA